UGAUCACUAUGGCGUUACCAUCAACGUGGACAAAUGUGUAUUUGGCCAGUCUAGUGUUGAUUUUCUCGGUCAUCGAAUCGAUCCCACCGCAAUCAGUCCACUCCCGGAGAAAACAUAAGCAAUCACGGAGUAUCCGAUGCCACAGUCCUACAAAAGCCUGCGCCGUUUCCUCGGUAUGGUGAAUUAUUACGGCCGCUUUAUACCUGAUUGCUCUAAACUGCUUCAACCUUUAACCGACUUGCUUAGAGGAAAGACUCGAAAAUUCAAACCCACGAACGAGGCAAUAGACACUUUCGACAAGAUUAAACAUGCUUUGUCUAAUGUUACAGCGUUGAGCCAUUUACGGACUGAUGUUAAUACACCUCUCAUCCUUAAAACCGAUGCGUCACAAACUGCAGUUGGAGCCGUGCUGCAGCAACUCCUCAAUGGUCAUCCCGAACCACCAUCCUUUUUCUCCCGUAAAUUACAGCCCGCACAAACUAGAUAUAGUACCUUCGGAAGAGAACUUUUGGCUAUCUAUCUCGCCAUUAAACACUUUCGACACCUCCUUGAAGGUCGUUCAUUUACCAUUCUAACUGAUCACAAGCCUUUCGCGGUUCUUCGGACCGUUUUUCCCCUCGUGAAACCCAACAUCUUGAUUACAUAUCGCAGUUCUCUACGGACAUCCGUCAUAUAGACGCCACUGACAACGUGGUAGCCGACGUAAUGUCCCGUAUUGGAAUUCAGGAACUUUCACGUCCGACCUUUGAUCUAGAGAAAAUCGCUGCGCAUCAGGAGGGAGAUUCU